AACUCCCACUUGCAUCCCAACAAGUUAAAGGAAUGUGGGGGAAUGGACUGACUUCUAAUUACUAAUUUUUACUCGUGUUUGAUUAAGCUACCAUUUCUGUCUUCUCUUCCAGGGCAUCUGCAUUUGUAUGCUUUGACAUCAGUAGGAGACUUUUUCUCUUGUUUUUCAACUCUAAUUACAUUUCUUUUAACACCAAAAAACCGCCACUGUCGUAGAAAGAGAUUUUUUGGGGGCUUUACUUUCACAAAGCAUAAAUCUUAUGGUCAAAAGAGUCACCUUUAUAUGCUCAUUUUUGCGUAUGCACAUGAUCCAUCUGCCUGUGUUCAGACUUUAGAGUCCGUACUUAGAAACUGAAAUGGUGCCAAAUCGAAAGAGGAAAACUGAAGGUUAUUGACGCUGGGCUGAAUUUUUUUCACUAUUCUUUUGGUAUUCUCGAAUUUCUUCUCCUAAAAAGCCAAUCUUGAUAAAUUUUAUUGAUCGCAGAGCCUGUGAUGAGAUGAAUUUUGAAGGGUUUAGCACUAGGAAAUUGCCCGAACUGGUUAGGCACAAGCGUUCCAAGAGCUCCCCAAAUGGCAGAGGAUUUCAGGAAGAUGGUUUGGAUCAUUCUACCGAUGACGCUCUUCUUCGACAGAAAUUGGAUAUGGGACACUUAGAUAAUUGUGCCAAUGGCAAGAAGGAACAAGAAUCUAAUGCUGAGAUUCAAAAUUCUCUGAGGCAAGAGAUAUUGGAUCUUGAAAAAAGAUUACAAGGCCAAGUUUCCGUUCGCUGUGCUCUGGAAAAAGCAUUGGGUUACAGGGUAUCCUGCCACGAUAUAACAGAUGAAAUCGCAAUGCCUAAGCCUGCCACAGAACUCAUCAAGGAAAUUGCAGUGCUAGAAGUAGAAGUCGGACAUUUGGAACAGUAUCUUCUUUCACUGUACAGGAAAGCAUUUGAUCAACAAAUGUCUUCCUUAUCUCCAACUAAGAAGAAUGAUGCAUUGAAAUCGCCCUUAGCAACUCCAAGGGGAAGAUGCCUAGAUUUUGAGAGAUCAGGUUUGAUGUCAGCGAGUGAAAAAUUGGCAACCGAAGUUGAUGAUCAUUCCAAUUCAUGGAAGGAAGACAAUGGUCAAUAUGAGGAGAAGAUCGUGGAUUCUGGUGUUCAACUUUCUCACUCUUCACUAUCUCAGCGUACAACACUGUCAAACAGAACUUCUCCUCCUGCAGAGGUCUUGUGUAAAGCUGUGCGUGCAUGUCAUUCUCAGCCAUUAUCCAUGAUGGAGUAUGCAGAGAAUACCUCUUCAAAUGUAAUUACUCUGGCAGAGCAUCUUGGUACACGUAUUUCUGAUCACAUUCCAGAGACACCGAACAAGCUUUCUGAAGAGAUGAUCAAGUGCAUGUCCACUAUAUAUUGCAAGCUUGCUGAUCCGUCAUUGACAAAUCAAGGCCUUUCAUCACCCACUUCAUCUUUGUCAUCUAUCAGUGCUUUUUCUCCUAAAGAUCAACGUGACUUGUGGAGUCCUGGAUACAAAAAUGAUUCUUCUUUGGAUGUUCGGCUGGAUAAUCCUUUUCACGUGGAAGGACUGAAAGAUUUUAGUGGACCUUACAGCACAAUGGUAGAAGUACAAUGUAUAUACAGAGAUAGUCAGAAAUUGGGUGAUGUUGAACCUUUGCUACAGAAUUUUAGGUCACUUAUUUCUCGUUUGGAAGUCAUAGAUCCUAAAAAGAUGUCGUAUGAGGAGAAAUUAGCAUUCUGGAUCAACGUACACAAUGCCUUGGUGAUGCAUGCAUUUUUGGCUUACGGUAUCCCUCAAAACAAUAUAAAGCGAAUGAUACUACUCUUGAAGGCUGCCUAUAAUGUUGGAGGUCAAAUUAUAAGUGCAAAUGUUAUACAGAAUUCUAUUCUGAGAUGCCGAAUGUCUCGUCCCGGACAGUGGUUUUGGUCCCUUCUUUCUUCAAGAACGAAAUUCAAGCCCGGUGAUGAUCGGCAAGCAUAUGCAAUUGACCGUCCAGAACCACUUCUGCACUUUGCUCUUUCAUCUGGGAGCCACUCUGAUCCUGCGGUUCGCAUUUACACACCCGAAAGGGUAUUCCAAGAUCUAGAAGCAGCAAAAGAAGACUACAUCCGAGCUACUUUUGGUGUACGGAAGGACAAGAAAAUCUUGUUACCAAAAAUCGUUGAGUCAUUCACCAAGGAUUCAGGUUUGUGUCCAGCUGGCGUUUUGGAGAUGAUCCAACAUUCAUUGCCCGAGUUCGUAAGAAAAAACAUUAAGAAACGUCAGCUGGGGAAGUCUCGCAAGAGUAUUGAAUGGGUUCCACAUAAUUUCGCUUUCAGGUAUCUCAUAAUGAAAGAGCUGGCGAAGUGAUUUUGUAUGGGUUGAUUGAAUGUUUUAAGUUCAUUUCAUUGAGUUUUUGCCUUAAAUCAUCAAUAGAGAUGUCUAGUUUCUUGCUCUUGUGUAAAGGAAUAGAAUUUGAGGAUAUGAUUUGAGUUUAGCUUGUUUGUUUACUUGCCAUGGAAUGUUUUGAAAAACAGAUGAUUUUGUAAAUAAGUCCUGUGUGCGAACGUUCAUUAAUUAAUUAGCACGCACACAUUUUGGUUACUAUUAAGGGAUAAAUUUCACAUUCGGUAA